AUGCGCCCUGUGUAUCAGAAAUUUAGCAGCGAUAUAGACGUUGCUGCCUUAUUCGCUGAGGCAUUGAUGUGUAUCACCCCACGCGGACUGUGGGACUUGGAUACUGGCAAGCCUACGGGGGAUCACACGGUUGAGGCUCGCGAUGUCAUUGAGCUGGGGCUGCAGCAGACUAUUGGUCAUAAUCAUCCGGCACUUUGUCAUCUGUAUAUCCACCUGUUGGAGAUGUCCCCAUUUCCAGAAUUGGCUCUACCGGCUGCGGAUCGACUCCGUGGGAUGGUUCCGCAUGCUUCCCACAUGUUGCAUAUGCCGACGCACAUCGAUGCAGCGGUGGGCGACUACCGCCGGGGUAUCGAAUCCAACCAUCAAGCCAUCCUGGCCGACGACAUUUAUUUUGCCCGAGAGACGGGCACAGUCAUGUACACAGCCUAUCGGGUGCAUUAUAUUUGUGCGAAAUUGUAUUCCGCUAUGAUGUCCGGCCGCUUCUCGGACGCAAUGUCUGCCGCAGAAAAACUCGAAGAAGUUAUAUAUCCUCAAGUACUGGCGAUCAAAAGUCCUCCGAUGGCCGACUUUAUUGAGAGCUUUGUGGGGAGCAAGGCACAUGUUCUGGUGCGUUUUGGUCGCUGGGAGCAGGUUCUUGACCUUGAACUCCCCGCAGAUCCUGAUACAUAUUACGUAACCGUAGCUACCAUUCACUACGCCCGUGGGCUUGCAUUUAGCGCACUUGGGCGGAUUGCCGAAGCGGAAAAUGCCCAGAAAGACUUUGAAACGGCGCGUAGGGCAGUCCCUAGUACACGACUCAAUAGUAUUCCAUGCAAGGAGGAAGAUGUCCUGGGGGUAGCCUCAGCUAUGCUUGCUGGAGAAUUGGAGUACCGGAAAGGAAAUAUUGAGGAAGGAUUUUCUUUCCUUAGGGAAGCCAUUGCGCGCGAGGACAGACUUGCGUACUCUGACCCACCCCCCUGGAUGCAGCCCGUCCGUCAUGCCCUCGGUGGCUUACUCCUGGAGCAGAACCGCAUCGAGGAGGCAGAAGUAUUAUUCAAACAGGAUCUGGGAUUUGCCCUAGACUAUCCUCGGCGCAGGGCAAAGCUCAACAAUGUGUGGGGGCUGCAUGGCCUACAUGAAUGUCUCACUCGCCUUGGAAAGAGUACCGAAGUGGCUUUUAUUGAAUCUGCACGCGAGAUUGCUUUAGCAUCAGCAGAUAUUCCAGUGAGUGUGUCGUGCUUUUGUCGAACGUCGGCUGGAAAGGGCGGAUGCUGUUAG